AUGACCACCGCGGGCUGCCCAGCAGGGGGUCGGAUCUCUACAUGCCCUCCUGCACCGACGAGGAUCGCGAUUGAGAUAUGCACAGUGGGAGAGCAUGGGGAGCUUAGCGAGACGGUGAUUCCGGCCACCAUAUCCACAUCCAAGAGCAUGGGGAGGGAGAGGAUGAUGAUGGGAAGCUCCCUGGUGGCUCACCUUGGUUGGCUCGUCACCGGAGAUAGAGAUCAGGCCGAUAGCCGGCGCAUUGUGGAGAGAGAAAUUGGGGAGAAAGAAUAUAAAGGUGCCGACAGGUCCUGCCCCCUCCCCACGCGGACGCUCUGCACAGAAAGCAUGCCGAGGUGUCGUGCUUCGUCCAGCACCUUGUUGGCCUCCCACACGACCGCCAUUGUUGCCCGGCGCAGGUGGAAGACAGAAGAAAGAGAGGAGGGAGGAAGAAGGUGCCUACAGCUGGGCCCCUCUAGAAGUGACCUGAAGAGAGAUAGGUGUGGGUGUAAAACAGACUUUUCAGCACGUCUCUGUUCGGGACAGGCCAGGAUCCAUGCUGGCACGGUGGCGUCAGCGAAAAUAGCAAAGUUACAGGCCAGUUCCUGUUUUCCUAGUAAAUUUGUAGUUAUCACCGUAAAAUUGGCGAAGGAAGAGAUGCCCACAAUAUCAAUAACAAUUAAUUAA